UCCACAGCAGCCCUGCCGAGGAAGAAAUCAGAUCGCUGACGCGCCUACAUUGAAGAACUGCGUCGUCACUAUCUGGUGGUGCAUUCGUGCCGUUGCGACGUCGCCUUUCCGACGCUGGCAUCUGGUGAUUCUCUUCUUGUGCUUCUUCCCCGGCCUCCUCUGUUUGUCAGUUGGUGACUUCUUGGUUCCUCUCGCGCCAUGGCUCGGCGGCGCUGGGCAUGGCCUGCCGCCGUCGCCACGGCCGUGGUCACCGCCGCGGCGGUCGUCGUCGUCUCCGCGGACGUGGUCGAGGAGAGGCUGACGGUGGGCAUGACCGUCCUCCCCGACGCCGCGUCGAAGGGAGCAGUGUGCCUCGACGGGAGCCCGCCGGCGUACCACCUCCACCGCGGCUCAGGCGCCGGCGCGCGCAGCUGGCUGCUCCAGUUCGAGGGCGGCGGGUGGUGCACCGACGUGCCGUCGUGCAUGGAGAGGGCCGGGACGCGGCGAGGGUCCACACGGCUCAUGAACAAGCUCGAGGUGUUCUCCGGCAUCCUCAGCAACCGUCCGGCCAUGAACCCAGAUUUUUACAAUUGGAACCGUGUGAAGUUGCGUUACUGUGAUGGUGGAUCCUUCUCUGGUGAUUCAGUGUACAGAAAUGGCUUCUCAGUCCUCUAUUUCAGAGGUCAGAGGAUAUGGGAUGCAAUUAUCACUGAACUCCUUCAGAAGGGCCUCGCGAAAGCCGAAAAGGUACUGCUCUCAGGCUGUUCAGCAGGAGGCCUAGCUACAUUCUUCCACUGCGGCAGCCUCAAGGGCCGUCUUGGAGGCGCUACAACGGUGAAAUGCCUGAGUGAUGCCGGAUUUUUCCUUGAUCUGGAUGACAUUUCUGGGUACAACACCAUAAGGCAAUUCUUUAGCAGCCUAGUCUCGUUGCAGGGAGUUAAGAAGAAUAUGAACAAAGAAUGCCUGAAUUCAACAGGAUAUCCAUACCUGUGUUUCUUUCCACAGUAUGCACUUCCAAACAUCAGAACCCCAUAUUUCAUCUUGAAUUCAGCUUACGACAUAUAUCAGUUCCAUCACAUUUUUGUGCCCCCUUCAUCUGAUCCUAGGGGGCAAUGGAGCCGUUGUCAGUCGGAUCCUGGUGCAUGCAGCACAUCUCAAAUUGCAACCCUCCAAGGCCUAAGAAAUGCAAUGUUGACAGCUUUGAAACAAUUUGAAAGCGAACCAACGGUUGGGAUGUUCAUAAACUCUUGCUUUGCACAUUGCCAGAGUGAGCUGCAGGACACAUGGUUUGCACCAAAUUCCCCCAUGAUACAUAACAAGAAAAUUGCAGAGGUGGUUAGUGAUUGGUAUUUUGAAAGGGGCGCUGCCACAGAGAUUGACUGCGCCUAUCCUUGUGAUUCAACUUGUCACAACCUUAUACCAUCCGAUCAGGAAUUGAGGAUUUAUGAGUUUGGCAGAUGAUACAUGCACAAUUCUGAUCAAAAUAGCAAGCAUUUCCUCUAAUUGGUGAAUAAACUGAUGGAUGAACACUGUUACAACAAUGGAAUAUCAGGCAUCCAAAGUGGACCCCAAUUAUGUACUAUUAGCAUUUGUCGGCAAAUGAUUAUUUACUUGUAUAUAUUGGUCACUGUGUCGCAAUUCAUUUGACACAUGGGUGAAUAAAAUGCAGAGCGAAUGCUCUUCAAAGAAUUGCAACUUUUGACAUAUUUGUUUUCCUGUCACCGAUACAUGAACUGCAAUGAUGUGGCUCUGAUUUAUCCA